CUGCGCUGUGUCCAGUUGUGGAUAAAGUUGAAUCAAGACCUCACGACACAAAUGUAAACAACAACUUUACGGCAGUAAAUAUGGCGUCUCACUUCAGCGGUGUCCUGCAGCUGACAGAUCUCGACGAUUUUAUCACCCCGUCUCAGGAAUGUGUCAAACCAGUCAAAGUAGAGAAGAAACAAGGUAAAUCUGUGGCCAAAAUACAGAUUGAGGAUGAUGGAAGUUACGUACAAAUCAACCAGGAUGGAGGAAAACAAAAGCUGGAGAGAGCCAAGAUCACUCUGAAUGACUGUUUGGCCUGCAGUGGCUGCAUCACCUCAGCUGAGAGCGUCCUCAUCACGCAGCAAAGUCACGAGGAGCUUUUAAAAGUGCUGCGGAAUAAUAAGACCAAAGAGACAGAGCAGAAGGUUGUAGUGGUGUCAGUAUCGCCACAGUCCAGAGCCUCCCUUGCAGCACACUACAACCUCAGCAGUAGUGAGGCUGGCGGGAGGCUCGCUUCUUUCCUCAAAGGGCUUGGUGUUCAUCAUGUGUUUGACACCAGCUUCAGUCGGUCGUUCAGCCUGCUGGAGAGCGAGAGAGAGUUUGUGGAGCGUUUCAGUCGGAAGGAGCAGGACAACAAAGCCCUGCCCAUGCUGACAUCCGCCUGUCCAGGUUGGAUCUGUUAUGCAGAGAAGACACAUGGCGAGUAUAUACUUCCAUAUAUCAGCACCACUCGCUCUCCACAGCAGAUGAUGGGCUCUCUGGUGAAAAGCUAUUUUGCAGAGCAGCAGGGCCUUAGUCCACAGCAGAUCUACCACGUGGCAGUGAUGCCCUGCUUUGACAAGAAACUCGAGGCUUCUCGCUCCGACUUCUACUUGAGCAAAGCUGAGACCAGAGAGGUGGAUUGUGUCAUCACUUCGGGAGAGGUUCAGAAAAUGUUGGAGGAGCACAAUGUGUCUCUUUCUGAUGUUGAGCCUGCAGCCCUGGAUACAAUGUUCAGCAGCGUGUGUGGGGAUGAGUUCCUGAGGCAUGCUGGGAGUGGCUCGGGAGGUUACCUCCAUCAUGUGUUCACAUAUGCUGCCAAACAGCUGUUCGGAGAGGAGGUGAAGGAGCUCACCUACAAGACGCUCAGGAAUAAAGACUUCCAAGAGGUGAGACUGGAGAGAGAUGGCACCGUCCUGUUGUGUUUCGCCUCAACGUAUGGUUUCCGCAACAUUCAGAACCUCGUGCAGAAACUCAAGAGGGGAAAGUCGCCCUACCAUUUUGUGGAAGUUAUGGCCUGCCCGUCAGGCUGUCUAAAUGGUGGUGGGCAGGUGAAGCCCUCAUCUAGUCAAAACCAAAAGGAUCUUCUCCACCUGGUCGAGGAACUCUACAAGGCAGAGCGCCCCCUGUUGCCAGAAAAUGAGACCCGCGUCGCAGAGUUGUAUGAAACCUGGCUUCACACCCUGGGAGAGGAGAGAGCCAAACAACUGCUGCACACACAGUACCACACUGUGGAGAAAAUGACCAACGGGCUCACUAUGAAGUGGUGAUUCAUGUUCUUGUCAAGCCAAGAUGAUGUUUGCAGACUUUUAUUUUGCACUCACAUUUGGUGCUGACAGAGGAGCAUAGCAAAGGUGAACAUUUAUUUCUCUAGAGAUAAGAAUUAUGUUCAUGUAUGCACUGUUCUUUUAGCUUUUUUCCUAUGAAAUACCAAUUAUAAACCAAUGCUUUUGGACUGUGAAUAAAUUAACUGUUUAUUGUCCACAUAA